UCACGUGGAGACUAUUCCAGAAGGCUAUGGGUACUAGAAGGACUAAUUUAAUUAUAAAACGCCUGGGGGAUUUUUGCGGUUCUGAUACAUUCUUUAGACUAAGCGUCGCAUUCUGCUCUAUUUUUGAGGAUAUUCGAGGAUUUUACCAUGCCAGAAGGACCAGAACUUUACAAAAACAGCCAAUUCGUGAACAAAGUCUGCAAAGGACUCGUUUUCAGUGGCAAGAUUGUGAAGUCAGCUGUUAGCACUAAAAACCCCGAUGUCUCCUUUCCCGCCAUGUGUGAUUAUUGCAUAACUUCAGAGUCUAGAGGUAAAGAAACUGCGCUGAUUUUGACAUCAUUAGGCUAUGAUGGCAAUGGAAAACAAAUCAAACAAGAGAACGAUUGCGAAAAGCAAAGACUCAGGAUUCUUUUUCGAUUUGGAAUGUCUGGAAAGUUUACGUUUGGUGCAGUAAAGGACAUGCACAAACAUGCGCACUUAAACUUCUUUACUAAGGAGAAACCAGUCAUGGUGUUGAGUUUUGUAGAUGUUAGAAGAUUUGGUCGAUGGGAAGUGACAGAUGAAUGGUCAAACAACAGAGGACCUGAUCCAAUGUUUGAAUACCAAGAGUUUAGAUCAAACAUUCUUGAUAAUCUACAAGAAACAGUAUUCAACAAACCACUAUGUGAAGUAAUGCACAAUCAGAAGUACUUUAACGGAAUUGGGAACUAUCUUAGAGCUGAGAUCAUUUUUAGGGCUGCUGUUCCUCCAUUUAGCUCUGCAAGAUCAGUGCUGGAAAAGCUCAAGGUAAAUGAGGAGGAAAGAAUGUCCAAGGUAUCAAAAGGAAAGAAAUGUAAAGUUAAACAUCCAGACUUUCUAGAGCUUUGUAAUUUAGUGCCUAAAGAGGUGAUUAAUUUACCAUAUGAUCCCACAGGAAAUUAUUCAGAUUAUUCUGCAUUCCUUGAGUGGCGUCAGUGCUACUACAAACCAGAGAUGAGGAACAUUGUGGACCAUGAUGGCAGGACCAUUUGGUUUAAGGGUGAAGCUGGACCUUUGGUGCCUAAAGAUGCAAAAUCAAGAGGGAUGCGCAUAUCUAAAAAGAGGAAAACAGAAAAAGUUAAAAAAGAAAUAAAUGGAGAUGAGGAAACGAAAGCAGUGAGUGAGGACCAUGCUCCACCAAAGAAAAAGAAAACGAAGACACCGCCAAAAGCAACAGUGAAAAAAGGUAAGAGCUCUCAAAGGAACCGUUACCGAAGCGCGCUGUGACCCUGGAAGAACGGACGACUUUGUGGAGGGAGAAGGAGGCAACGGAAAUUGUAUGUAAACAAACUAUUUGGGCACU